AUGUGGAAGGACUCCAGUCAUGAUGAGGUCCGGCCCGCGGCGCCUGGCGGCGGCUCGUCUCGCAACGCCAGCCGCAGGAAGAGGACCAGCUUCUCCAAAGAACAUGUCGAGCUUCUGCGCGCCACAUUCGAAACCGACCCGUAUCCCGGCAUCAGCCUCCGGGAGAGCCUGUCCCAGACCACUGGCUUACCAGAGUCACGCAUCCAGGUGUGGUUCCAGAACCGUAGAGCCCGCACCCUGAAAUGUAAAGAAACAAAGAAGGCUCUGUGGCUGUCCCGCAGCCCGCAUCAUGAUACUUUCGCUCCACCUCCAACCCUCGCCGGCACCGUGUCAUCGGCGCCGCUGAGGCCACCGGGGCCGCCGUCCACCUACCCAGGCUCCCUCAAACAGGGAAUGGAGAAAGCCACCUACUACAGCCAGUAUCCUGCUUACUCUCCCCCUGGACAAUACAGAUCCUUAGUUGGUCCUCAGUGUAGACGCAUCGUUGAGUCCAGCCCUCCCAUGUGGGGCAUGUGGCCCCAGCCCGGCACCCAACCCUCUCCUGCCCCCCCUCUGUGGUCCAAUACGUUGGAGAUGAUGAGCUUCGCCGGCAGCAGUUCAAACAUCUCGUACCCAGAGCAGCAGAUGUACAGCAGCUCCUCCUCCAGCUCACAGAUCUCCACUCCAAGCACGCCGGACUCUGGGUACUGGGACGGCAGCAUCAUGAACAGUCCUGUGCUGGGACGUCCGUACCCUCAGUUUUGUCCCGGGAUGAUUCUGGAGGAGAGCGGCGAACCGCAGCAGCCCAGGGUGGCCCAGCAGGUCCAGCAGGUCCAGCAGGUCCAGCAGGCCCAGCAGGCCCAGCAGGCCCAGCAGGUCCAGCAGGCCCAGCAGGCCCAGCAGGCCCAGCAGGCCCAGCUUCCUGUUCUGUCCCUGCAGGACAUCCUGGGGGAGUUAGAGGAAAAUUGGUUGGAAGAAGAAACUCUAGACAGUUGAGCUUCUGAAGAAAAAACUGCUUCCUAUUGA